ACAGAUCCUGCCUUUGCGGAAGCCAGAGGAGCCGAGGCGGCGCUAAAUUAAAUUAGCAUACUAACUAGUUAGCAGUGCGCCGAUGUGGAUGGACGGAUGAACCGAGCCGCCUGAACAAACACACCGUCUCUACAGUCGACACAUCACCGGGACCGGGCUCAUUUAGUCGCGAUCAUCGUGCCGUCCGCCUGCCGAGGAGAUGGGGGACAAGGCGGGCACCAGAGUUUUCAAGAAGUCGAGCCCCAACUGUAAGGUGACAGUUUACCUGGGAAAGAGAGACUUUGUGGAUCACCUGGACCACGUGGACCCAGUGGAUGGAGUGAUCCUCGUCGACCCCGAGUACCUGAAGGACAGGAAAGUCUUCGUCACACUCACCUGUGCGUUUCGUUACGGCCGUGAGGACCUGGACGUCCUGGGUCUGUCCUUCAGGAAGGAUCUCUACAUCUCCACCUUCCAGGCGUUCCCUCCGGUGCCUGAGGAGAAGAAACCCAACAGUCGGCUGCAGGAGAGGCUGCUGAAGAAACUGGGCCAACAUGCACACCCCUUCUACUUCACUAUUCCUCAGAACCUUCCGUGUUCAGUCACUUUACAGCCUGGCCCAGAGGACACCGGGAAGGCCUGCGGUGUCGACUUUGAGAUCAGAGCUUUCUGUGCCAAGUCAAUAGAAGAGAAGAUUCACAAGAGGAACUCGGUGCGUCUGGUGAUCAGGAAGGUUCAGUACGCUCCAGAGAAGCCUGGUCCUCAGCCAAUGGUGGAGACGACCCGAAGCUUCCUGAUGUCUGACAGAUCUCUACACCUGGAGGCAUCUCUGGACAAGGAGCUGUAUUACCACGGAGAGCCCAUCAGCGUCAACGUUCACGUCACCAACAACUCUACCAAGACCGUCAAGAGAGUCAAGAUCUCCGUGCGUCAGUAUGCAGACAUCUGUCUGUUCAGUACUGCCCAGUAUAAAUGUCCAGUGGCCCAGCUGGAGGCAGACGACCAGGUGUCGUCCAGCUCCACCUUCUGUAAGGUGUAUACUCUGACCCCGACGCUCGACAAGAACAGAGAGAAGAGAGGACUCGCUCUGGACGGCAAGCUCAAACAUGAAGACACCAACCUGGCCUCCUCCACCAUUGUGAAGGACGUCACCAACAAGGAGGUCCUGGGGAUCCUGGUGUCCUACAGAGUCAAAGUCAAGCUGGUGGUCUCACGUGGAGGAGACGUGUCGGUGGAGCUGCCCUUCAUCUUAAUGCAUCCUAAACCUGUGGAGCCGCCGCUGUCCCGCCCACAGUCAGCUGUGCCAGAGAUGGACCCCCCCAUCGACACCAAUUUGAUAGAAUUUGACACAAACAGCAUCUCCCAGGACGACGACUUCGUUUUCGAGGACUUCGCCCGCCUGCGGCUCAAAGGCGUCGUGGAUGACAAAGAUGAGGACUGCUAGGAGCUCGCCAACCCUUCAUAUGCUCGCUUCGGAAACCACAAACACACACACACUCUCUUACACACACUCUUACACACUCCUACACUGUUCACGUUACAUUCCCCAGUGGAGGGGAUGGAUGAGGGCAUGUUCAGGACGGAGGGGGGGGGGGCUCGCUGGUGUUCUUCCUCUCUUGCUUCAGCCAUUUUUGUCAUGCCGCCGCCAUUUUUCGCCGCCGUCUUCUCCAUCUGUCUGUCUGUUUCUCUUUUUGCUGAUAAACUCUAAAUGUUGAGCAGCUGCAGGACAGAUGAGGCGGAGCGGAUCGAGUGAAGGAACGAUCCGUCAGCUGACGCAGAAGGAAAAAAAAGACGUGUAGGAAGCUGCAGUGCUCGUUCCUGCUUUUACUUUGAAAUCUUUUUUUGAAUGUCGACCGUUUCCACGGCGACGAUCACCGUCUUGUACAAACAGAAUAUAUAUUUGAAACAUAGAAAAAAAUGUACGAGCAGUUGAGAUCCGUGUCCCGUGGUGAUCGCCGCUUUUCUUCUUCGAGUAAAUUAUUCCUGUAGAUGCUUUUUACAUCAUGGCUGCGAGGGGAGGACACACACACACACACACACACACACACACACACACACACACACACACACUCUGCAGUCUUACACAGAUUUCACCAGCAUCCUCUCUCGUCACUCUGAACCCUGUCGUCCAUUUUGUCUCAUGUUCGUUCUGUCAGCUGCACUGUUUGUUUCUUUGGCUUUUAUUUUGAAAGAACCAUUCCAGCGUUGAUGGAGAGUUUCCUUUUUGUUUCGAACACUUUCUCAAGUUAACAAAUCAGUUGGUUUUGUUCAAAGUUUUUUUCUUUCUGUCAUCAGAUUUCAUGACAACAAAAGCAAAACAACCUGUUAGUCCGUCCCUCAGUACUGUCUGACUUCCUGUCUGUGUCAUCGGUUCCUGUGGAAGACGGAAACCUUUAGAAACAAAACUAAUUCAGUUUAAAAUUGAAUUAAUUUAAAAUGACAAAAGUUUAUCCUAGAGGACAGGAACAUUUGUCAUUUUGGGACUUUCGACUUUGUGUCAAAUUCUUAAAUUAACAAACAAUCACAUCAAAAGACAAAAAGCAACAAAAUGUUUCGUCAAAAACAAAAACGUAAAACGGUUCUUUCUUUAAACAUCUUGGCACCGUCACGUUUCAGUAAAUGUUUCUCAAAGAGCAGGAUUUGUUGGUUUAUAUAAAAUACGGAGUUUCAAGAAAUCAAAAUAUUCUGAGAAAAAAGUUGUGAAAUUUCAAGAAAAAAAAAUCUAAAAUUAUUUUACAAAGAAAUAAACAAAUCCCACGAAAAGACCAAACGUGUUUAAUUUUUAAAUAAAAGUUCAAUAAUUUUGAAAACAUGCAUCCAUCGACCUAAAGAAAAAUAUAGAUCAUGAAGACUCGACAGACUGAAGGGAAAAAUUAGAUUUCAAGAAAUAAAUUUAAAAUACAAGUUGUAAUUCUACAAGAAAAAUAACAAAAAUAACUCCUGAACGUUGAAGACGAGAAGACCAACGUCUCAUUUUUUGAAAAGCAGUUCAGUUCAUGUCUGAAACUUUUUGUAUUCACUGAUUUAAAGAAAAAUAAUAUAAUAUGGAGUAUAAGAUUCACUGCGGGGAAAAAUUUGAUUUCAAGGAUUAAAUCAGUAAAAUUUUAGGAAAAAAGUCGUGAUGUUACAAGAAAAAGAUUCAAGAAAAUAAAAUCUGCUUUUUAAAAAAGUAUUUCAAGUAUUACAAGAAUAAAGUUGUGAUUUUACAACAAAAAAAAACUCCUGCACAUCAACAACUGUCACAACAAUGUGUUUCAUCAAAAAAGAAAAAGAAGUUUAGAUUAUUUUAGGAGAAUAAAUAUCACAAAAAUAAAGUUGCAGUUUCACAAAAAAAUAAAUAUUUUCAAAUAUUUGUAGCACAGUCGGAGUUUGUUCCUGCUGACGAUGAACUCCUCAAAAAUAUAAAGUUUCACUUUUGAACAACAUCAGGUAUCACAGGUGUCUAAAGUAGUUUUGUCCCGAUCCAAAUAAGAUUAUAUAUAAAAUUAUUUUGUUUAAGGGAAAUUGAAAUGUUGUUGGUAUCACUACAGUGGAUGUGACAUUUGAAUAAUGUAAUUUUGAUAUUCCAGUCUCUGGGUUUCCACCUGUUGGAGCAAAAACAAGUAUCAGCAGCUUUUUCAAAGCGUAAAAUUGAAAAAUCAGAGAAAUUUUGACACCAAUUUGUCUCUGGAGAUCAAAAAGAUGACAGUUAUAUAAACUUCAGAAAUGUGUGUUCGACACGGAGGAAAACGUUACAUCAGACUCAGGUCACAGACAUUGUUUAGAUCUGAUCAUUUAAUUUAUUGACAAUAAGAAAAAUCUAAAAUCUCAUCAGACUUUACGUUUUAUUUUUUCUUGGUGCAGCAAGUUGGAAAGAUUUUCUCAAAACAGGUUUUUGAUGUGUCUCCUUCUGGUUUAGUUGAUAUCAGGGACGUUUAUCACGAUUUGUUCUUUAUUUCUUCACUAAUUUAAAUUUUCUUUUAAAAAUGACUCGUACUGAAUUUAUUAGAAAUGUUUGAAAGUUGUCGACCAGCAACAGGCUGCAAAACAGAGCCAAUUAAACAUUUAUUUUCACUCAGUUUUUCCAACGUUUAAAUGUCACUUCACUUUCAAAUAUUAAACACUGAAACAUUUCAAACACCAAAUCGUCUCCUCUCCCGUAAAGAACGAGCACUCUGAUGACGCUGGAAUUGUUUUUUAAAACACGGCUCAGACUUAAGACCGAGUCAGACCUGAAGUCACUCGACUCCAAACAUGAGUUGAGUCUUGUCAUUCAGCAGACUAAAAUAUUUGACCUUCAUGUGGUGUAUGGAAGACCUGUUUGUGCCAAUGUGAUGAAAAAGAAAAAAAGAUCCUGUCACUGAGAAACUUUGACAAAAUGACUUGACUUCCUAAAGUAAUGAGUUAAUAUCUAAAGAUAAUGAAAUAAUAUUUCAAAAUGAUAAAAUGUUUCAAAAUUACGUAAUAUCUCAAAAUAAUGAGAAACUUCCUCAAAAUAAGUUUUUUCCAAAUAAGAGUUUCUGAAAAAAAGAAACUUUCAAAAAAAAAAAUGACGUUCGUAUCUCAAAGUUUAUUAGUUUGAGUUACUAUUUUGAGAAAGUUUCUUGUAAUUUCCAUAAAGUUUCUUAUUAUAAUGACCGACGGAAUCUUUUCAUCUUAUUUUAAUUUUCUUUUCUUUGAGGGGUGGAAAUGGUCUUCCAUAGCUUUCUGUUGAUUCAGUCUGUUCACACCUUACGAACAUUUUAAGUGGAAUUCUGAGGCUCAGAGUCGCUCUGAUUUCAGUUCUUAUGUUCUGAAGUGCUUUAAGAACCACACUCUUACGGAGCAGUAACGUCUGUUGUUUAUUCAGAAUAAAUCUGACCAAUCACAGCGGGCGGUUCACUGAGUCAGUGACUCGAUCCCACCUGAUUCAAACAGUCACUGUCGGCUGUUAAAGGGAAAUACUGCUGUUUUCUUUUUGUUUAUUCUCAUCAUCUCUCAGCCAUCGAAUCGAAAAGCAUUUUUGAGUAAACAGUUUGUUUUUGAAGGUCGAGACGCGUCCUGUAACGUAGAGACGGUAAAACUGUAAACUGCGUUGUGCCUUCUGGAUCUCACUGUUGCCAACAAGACGAUCUCUUCAUGAGGCCAGUUUAUUGUUUAUGUGAAUAUUGUGACUUAAAAACUUCAGUAGAAAGUUUUAAUGUUACGUGGUGGUAAACUGCAGGAAACUACUGUAAGUCGGAAAAAAGGCGGGAAAAAGUCAGUUAUCACGUUGACGUCAUUAUAAUUAUCAUCUGUCCAUAUAGGCCUACUGCAGCUGAACUGUAUCAGAGAUGAUUCACAGUUAUGUCUAAAAAAAAAAAAAAAGUAAAAUUUUAAAUAAAGAGUAAACUUUUUUUUCCAGGGUUUUCUGCUUGUAAACAAAAGAACAAAAAUCAUCCAGUCUCAUUUUAAAAGCUGAAUAUUGAUACAAAAGCUGAGAUUAUUUUGGGGGUUAUUACAGUAAUUAUUAAUUAAUUAAUUAUUAAUUUUGGUGCUGAAAAUCAUUCUGACCAACUUUCAGCAGUUUUUAAUGCAGGAAGUUUUAUUUGGAAGGUAAAUGUUUUGAUGACCGUUCCUGUAACAGGAAGCCCUCCGGUGACGAGACGAUCAAGCUCAAUUCUUGUAAAAUUACAUCUUUUUGUUCUUUAAAAUUACAAAUCGUCUCUCGUAAUAUCAAACUGUAACAUUACAAAUUUAUGUUUAAGAAAAGUUGCACAUUAUUCUUAUCUCUCAAAAAAUUAUGUCGGUAUUCAGUGAUGACUUUUUCAUAAGACUUUUAUCUCAGAUUACGAUGUACUCGGAUUUUUCACAAAAUUGUCACCUUUUCAUUCUUUGUUCUUGAAUUACUGAUGUUUGACUUAUUUCUCAAAAAUUAAACUCAGAACAACUCACAAAAUACUUAAAAAUAAUCCCUGAAAUCACAGGUAUUUUUUUCUCACUGCUCUUUAAGCUCCAUGUCACGUGAUAAAGUGUUGUAUAAAGUUAAAGCACAAAUUACCAAAUAUUUCCUGAAGUAUUUUCACCUUUUGACAAAAUCUUUUGUUUUUUUCUUCUUAUAAAAUUCUACUUAUUUUUUACAACAUUUCAACUUUUUUUUCUCAGAACAAUUUAAUUUGAUCUGUUUUACAGUUGUCAUUUUAUACUUGUAAAAGAACCACAAGCUUUUUUUCCUUUUUUUAAUGUCAGUGACAAAAUAUCACAAAAACCUCACGUUUAACAUAUCACAACUUAAUUCCUAAAAUAUACUUUUCUUGUACUGUUAACGCUAUUUUCAAUAUUACAUAUUAUUGUAACGCAACUGUCUUAAAAUUAUGACUUAGGUUUCAACAUUCUAAUUCUUUUUAUUUUUAUUUUUGUCGAAAUUAUAACCUUAUACUCAAACACUCAACGUCAGAUCUCUCAGCUCUGAUUCUGCGUCAUGACAUCACAACCAGCGUUCUCCUUUGGGGUCGACGCCAUGUGACAAAGUAUCUUAAAAACUAACACAUUUUCCAAUAUUUCCUAUGAAAUUAUCAAAUUUGUCUUGAAAAAAAUGUGAAAUAAUUAAACUUUUUUCUCAAAAUUUUACUCAAUAUUUUUCCUGUAAAAAUUAGAAAAAUUAAUUCUGACUUUUUCUUGUACAAUUACAACUUUUUUCCUAAACAUUACAACUAACGCCUUGAGAGUCAUAAUACCGUGUGAGAAAACCGCCUGCCUUCUCCUUUAAGGUUGAUGCCAUAUGACGAAGUAUCGUGUGAACGUUAAGAACAAUUGGCCAAAUCGUAAAAGUGCCAUGAAAACAGAGAAGGAGAAAUGUGAUUAAAACAAAUGACACCAGUGUUUCCCUUCAGAUCCUCCUCAUGAACCUCCUCCUCCUCUUUUCCUUUCCAUCUUCCAUGUUUUCAUUUUUAUUUUCAUUGUUCAAACUCAGACAUGAUGUGAAGGACUUCUGCAGCUCUACCAGAUCUUUUCUCUGUUUCCUCUUAAAAACAGAUGAAAGCAGUUCAGAGGUUAAAUCUUAACGAGUAAUUUCCCCCAAAAAACUGCACAGAUCAACAUUUCAGACGACACAAGAGCACUGCACUUUUAUUGGAUGAAAUCAACCCACAGAACUGCAGACAUUAUAUUUUUGCGAAUUUCAGGAGGAAAGAAGAAGAAUGUUGAAUCUUGUUGUUGACGCUUGGCCCUUUUUUUUUUUUUUUUUUUUUGGAAAUUGUUCGAUGUGUCUUCUCCAGGCUUCACACAAACCAACAAACUUUUUUUUUGUUGUUUUUUCGUUUAAAAGCUGCCAAAAAAAUUCCCUCCGUUCCUCCUUUUCUCAGUCAGUCAUUGAAGCUGCGACCCAGAAGGGAAGAAGAAGAAGAAGAAGAAGAAGAAGAAGAAGAAGAAGAAAACAGACACGGAGCAUGUUUUUUUUUUUGUUUUUGUUUUUUUUCCAAGCAGUGCUGUGAAUCGUACGAGCUGUGAUUCUGUCCUUAUUUUGUUGUGCAUAUGUGGGGUAACUUUGCUAAGUGUGAAAAUAUUUUGACAAGUGCCACGCCCCGGCCUGUGCGAUGCUUAACCAUAAUGUCUAUAAAACAGGAAGUGAUUUCUGCUGGUGAGACGAACACCAGAAAAGAUAGAAUUAUGAUUAUUAUGCUUCUGAUUAUUAUUACUAUUAUUAUUAUUAUUAUUAUUAUUAUUAUUAUUAUUAUUAUUAUGGUGACUAUUAUUAUUAUUACUUCAACUGUGUCAUCAUUGCGACCAUGAUUAUUCUCAUAAUCAUUUAAGAGUCUGUUUGUUUUGCCAUGUAUUUUUUAUUUUGAGAUUUUUAUUUUAGUUUUCUUUUUAUUAUUAAAGGUAAAAUGAACUAACA